AUCGCUUGUGGAAAACCAAAAAAAACACGACGCCAUAUUGCUCGAGAAAAAUUAUUUUCAAACUGAUAUAUUGUUUGAUUAUAUUUUUGUGAACGCAAAAUUACAAAAGUGAAAAUGUCAGAACAAAGCUCGGAAGCCCUGAAUUUUGGACCCCAAUGGAUCCGUGAUCUGUCGAAUGGAGCAAGUGUUUCCGUACCUCCUCCUUCAGCUGGUCCUGGUUGUAAACUAGCCCAGUUCAGAUAUGGUAAAGAAGAAAUGCUAGCACUCUUUUCAAAAGAUCUAAAACCACCUAAAAUAAGCAAGGAAGUUGCAGAUUUCAUUUUGAAAACUGAUGCUUGUAACCCUUUGGCCCUGAUGCCUUUGACAGAAGAGGAGCAACGGAAUUCAUUUGGAUCACUGAACAGUUUAGCUGUGUUGAAGAUGAUGGGUAGAGGAGGACAAAGAGGGGGAAGGGGUAUGUCAAGAGGUGGUAGAGGGUCAGGUCGUGGAAGAGGUGAACAGGGUUACUACCGUAGUUUCUCUCAAGAUGAGUCAAGUUCGACUAAAACGGAAGACGGAUGGCAGCGCGAAGGUCUUUCCAGGAAACAGAGCUGGGGAGAGAGUGCUGGGAGAGGAGGAUUUGGUGAUAGAGCAAAUAUUGGACGAGAUUCUGAAACAUCACCACGUGGUUAUGAACCCACAGCCCCACCUGGUCGUCAUAGUCGAGCUUUGGCAAGUGGCAACUGGAGAUCCUCGGAGGGUGACGAUGAACAGGGUGGGUGGGUGACACCCCGGGGAUCAGAACGAUGGAGAACUUCUCCUCGGGACAAUUGGCACAAAGAUGAGCAUACAAGAGAACGAAGAUUUAGUGAUCGAGACAGAACUAGUUUUGAAGAUAUUCCUGAAUGGAGUAAACCUGACAAUGUCUUUGAACCUGAUUCAGGAUCAUUUGACGCCUCUGGUGCUUUUUGCGUUACCAAGGAUAAAAGGCCACCGGAUGAUUCUGGUGGUGGGUCCAAAGAAGAUUGGGAUCUGGAAAUAGCUGAUGAAAAUGAUAGACCUGAAAGUAUUGUGGCAACUACAGACCAAGAAACCUCUCAUCAAAACCAGCAGCAUAAAGAUCCCGAAGUCAAUGCAAAGCAUUUGGAACAACAAGAAAAUGCAAAAAAGACUGCAGAGACUCCAACAGAAGACAAUCCACAGUCUGGAAUAGACGAGAAAGGAAUUGCAUCAGAACCAUCCCUUGAGAUAAGUCCUAGUGAAGAGCAAAAUUUGCAUGCCUCAUCCACAGUGCGACAUGAUGAGGUUGGAGCAGAUUUAGAAAGAGUAGCAGAAAGCUGCAUUGCUAACCUGGUUGUUGAGCACGAAGAGUUACCAGCUGAAGAGAAAUUGUGCGGUAGUACAUCUGAGAAGCAAGAAAGAACAUGUGAGACACAGUGGUUCUAUCGCGAUCCUCAGGGACUAGAGCAAGGUCCGUUCAGCAAUGAUGAAAUGGUGGAAUGGUUCAAUCAUGGAUACUUCACUAUGCAGCUUUCAGUGAGAAGACAAUGUGAUGCGGCAUAUCUACCUCUUGGUGAUUUAAUCAAGAGGUGGAAACGGGUGCCGUUCGUACCAGGCCCUAGUCCGCCGCCAUUAACGCAUCAGCAGGUUAUCAACGAACAGCAAAUGCAACAACGGUUUAUGCAACAACAGUUGCUCCAGCAACACUAUCAACAUCUUCAAAAACAAGCAAUACUUCAACAGAUUCAGCAACAGCAUCAGUUACAACAUGAACAACGUCAGCAGACCGCUGAGUCAACAUUACAGCUCAACUUUCCCGCCGAAAACCAACCUUCGCGAACUACUAUUAGUCCACGAACACUUCCGACUACGUCACACUCGGGUUCCCCCGUUGGAGCCGCGGAGAUCAUUUGGGGUGCAGAGCCGCAAUCUCCAAAAGAUACAUGGUCUCAGUCAGGAAAUGCAUCAUGGAACGAACCACAAAGAGAAACAUCUCCUGCUCCAAACGAGGAAAGACGAAGAAGGGAGCGGAAUGAAGAAUUUGAGCGAGAAAAAGCGAGAGAAAGGCUGGAAGCAGAAAAGAAAGAAGCGGAGAUGUUGAGACAAAAAGAAGAUGAAGAAAGGAGACAACUGGCUAAGAAACAAGAGGAAGAAAAAUUAAGACAACAAAUUAUCGAAGAAGAGCAAAGACAACAAGAACUACAGAAAGCCGAGGCGGAAAGACGGAAACGCGAAGAGGCAGAAAAGAGACUAAAAGCCCUAAAAGAAGAACAGCUCUUAGCAGAAUCGCAGAAGAAAAAAGGCAAAGAAAGACAAGAGAAACGACGAGAAGACGAGGCUGAAGAAAUAUCAAAAGAAGCUUCAAAGAGAAAUGGAGAAAAUGAGAAGAGAAAAAAGAAAUCUGAAAGACGGAAACAUGAAGAGACAGUGAAAAAGAACAAGGGCGUAGCACAGGAUGUGAAAGAUGAGGAAACAAGACAUGAACCACAAGAUAGUCAAAAACAACUGGAAGCAGAAUGGGACGAGCAGGAAGAUAAAUCAAGAUAUAAAAAGGAAAUCAAUCAAGACAGAAAUGUAAACGGAUCAUCCCGGAGUUGGGGAGCUCACAAUACAGCAGCAAUGUCUUUGUUUGAAAUACAACAACAAGAAGAGAAAAACCGCAAGGCACAUGAGGAAAAAAUGAAGGAGUUGGAGGCGAAACAGCGUCAGUUGCAAUCAGAAGCGAGCCUUGGUUGGUCCUCUGAAAAAUUACAACCGUCAAGUAAUGUAAAGUCCUUAAAGGCAAUCCAGGACGAGCAAGCACGACAAGCUCCAAAAAAGAAUAAGCAAGCGUCUCGUUCUCAGCCACCACAAGCCUCGUCUGCUUGGGCCACGACGGCCGGAAACAAUAAUGUAUGGACUGGGAACCACAAUGAACGAGAGAAAGAGCAAGAGCCUGGGUUCUGGAAUGAAGUAAUGAGUGUAGGAAAACAAAGCACUGGAAAGAGCCAAGCACAGACAGUAAAAAAUGACGUAGCAAAACAAGUCAAACAAAGUGCAACAAAACCUGUGACGAAUGGAAAGAAAUCCAGCAAAAAAUCAUCAAAAGAAGAGGAAAGCGUACGAAAAAUAUUUCAGCAACAGCCAACGAACAGUGAUCCAUUUACAGAGUGGUGUAAUGAGAGCUUGCGCGGCAUUGCAACUGGUGUUGAUAUUCCAACGUUUAUAGCUUUUCUUCAAGAUUUAGAAUCUCCGUACGAGGUGCAUACAUACGUGAGAGAAUAUAUUGGGGACAACAAUGAAGCCAAGUCUUUCGCAAAAGAAUUUAUUGAAAGACGCCGAAGUUCCGAGUGGAAACAUGUGCCAACGAAAUCGACAUCAGCUAAACAACCCACGAGCAGUGCAGUCGUUGCCCGAGGUGCUGCCGGAGGUUCACGAAAUGAACCCGAGAGCAAUAGCGGCAAGGCGAAGAAAAAGAAGAAGCAACGUAUGCAGAAGGUCGACCCGAGUAUUCUGGGAUUUAGCGUGAACGCCGCCGCAGAACGGGUGAACAUGGGCGAGAUUCAAUCUUUAGAUGACUCGUGAGAACAACAUUGGCAUGUGAGAAGUAGCUUUGUCGUAUUUUAUAAAGUUUGGUUAUCUACUUGUGACCAGAAGGAUGAGAAGAUCAGCGGACUGAAUUGAUAGUUUUGUGAGCGCAUAUCUCAAGAGAGGAACAGCACGGUUCGUGCAACGACGUUGGGUAUUGAGAUUGGCUGAUCGUUGAAAAAACAAGGAGCAUCACUUGACAGUUGACAUCGUGUUGAAUUCAAUCCUGUGGAGUCUACCCGGGCCAACUUUGGGAAUCAGACAAAGCUCCAGCUUACCUGUAAAUUGAAUAUCGCCAUGCAUGCAGGCUGCCAAGCCUUAUUCUCAAAUACAGAUUCAUGUAUUUCUAGUCCAAAGGCAACAUAUACUAGAACUGUAAUAUUGAAAUCACAGUCUGAGAAUACUAUGUAUUUUCAUAUAGGGCUCCAAAUGUUUUGAACAUAAAAUAUACUGCAUGUGGUACUCAAUUUUAAAAUAGCUCCGAUAAGGACGAAAUGACACUGAACACUCUCGUUGAUGUGAAAUGGUUAACCACACAGAAUUAUACAAUAAAUACGUGACCAUUUUAUCUGAUGAAAAAUUCACAGUUUUUAACUAAGUUGACUACCACUUGCAGUUAUUGGGAUCAACCUAUGGCUAUACAUCAUUAAAACAGUGGGUGGUUGUACCAAGCUUGGAUAUAGCGCUAUUAACAGAGAACUAUAAAUAAACAAAAACUCAACUUUAAGAACAGUGGCCAUUAAUCAGACCUGUACAAAACUGCGAUCAAUUUUAGAGCGGCCUAGUGAAUGUGGAUAGCGCUGUACACCUUCGGUACAACUGGCCCCAUGCAGAUACGAAGAAUCUUGAAGGUCAAAACCAGAGAACAUUGAAACAUUUGUAUAUAAAGUGUCAAAGUUAUGAGAAACAGAAGAUAUCGUCUUG